AUGACCUGGAAAUACUAUCCCUCAGAUCUCCAACUCCCCGAGUCCUCCCCCACCGCAUCCUGCUGCGUCCGCUGCGCCACUCAACUCGGCAAGAACCCGGAAAUUGACUGCAAACGAGCCCACGCCCACAAGGCCUGCGACCCCUGUGAGGCCAGCGAGGAAUCAUGCAAACCGGUACCCGUGUUCUUACAGGGCCAAGUAGACAAGCUCCGCGAGAUAGAGGACCGAGACGAGCGCAUCAAGGCCUGUCAGCAGUUGACUGUGGAAGCGGAUUCGUAUGAGAUACAUUCGAUUUCGGACGAGAGGGAGGCGAAUCGGUUGUUGAGGUCGUUGAAUCACAAUGUGUUUCGGUUGGUGCAGUUAAAGAGAAUGAAGAUGGGGUUGGAUCCGUUGGCGCCGGAGGAUGAGGAGAUGGCGCCGAUGCAGGGUGGGGGGAGGGUUGCUUAG